UUAUUUGAAGCAUAAUAAAGUGGGAUAAUGUAUUUACUUAUAAAAGACCUAUGCAACUGUAGCAAUAACGAAACGCCUUAUCUUUUCUGAAAUGUCAAAUGUAUGACGUCACAUGCGGCAAUGCAGAUGCGCGGAUUUUUGAAAACAUGACCUCGUUUCAAUUGAUUUUCUCCACAAUGAGCUUAAAAAUGCUAACCGGCCGGCUCCGGGCUCACUGCUGUUCAUAUCUUAUUCACAAACCUGCAUAAUCACGCCGCCUCUUCUGUUAAACUAGUAUCAGUGCGCUUCGAACCGUCUUUCAAAAAGCUGCCCACUUGCGCUGAAAAAUCCACUUGCCUUGCUGCUCACCUGUGUUUUUAUUGAUGAUGAAGAGUGUAACAGUGUCUACGGAGUAUUCUUACAACGAGGAGAGGCGGUAUACGACAGCAGACAAUCCGUAUAAUAUAGAUUUAUGGAAGGAAAUGCGAAAACGUUGGCUGGUGUUCGGGGUGUUGGGGGCCAUCGCGCUUGCGGUGAUCUCGCCGCGUCUCGGCGCGUCCGGAGGCCCCUUGCACGCGGAGUACCUCUGUUGGGUACCAUCUUCUGUAAUCUUUUUCGGGGCGGGCGCGCGGCUGCGGCGCCCUAGGGCUCCGGCUAAGGCGCUGCGGCUGGCGGCGGCGACAGCUUUACAUGCUCACGUCGCGGCACCAGCGUUGGCUGUCUGUGCUGUCACUGUAUUCAGUGCGGCGCUGCAUGGACCUGUUAUCAAUGGCGCGCUUCUAUCAUCGGUGGGGUCUGGUUGUUCGUGGCUGUCGCUGGCCCUGGCGCCGCGCGCCGCCCUGCCGGCCGCCGCCAGCUACACGGCUUCCCUCCUCGCUACGCCACUGAGUGCCUUGUUGCUAUGUGGCCGCACCAGCAUCCCCCCACUAAGCGAAGUGCUCUCCACAACCAUGCGUACACUUAUCCCGUUCACCUUCGGCUGCGCCACGACGCCGAUACGCCAAGAGUUCGCAGUCCGACUAGCCGCACUGGCCUUAGUGUACGCGGAGUGCUGUGAGAGACUGAACGCUGCCGAGGGCGGAUUGCUAGCUGGGGAUGUUUUGGCUACGCUACUAGUGGAGGUGUGCUGGCUGGCGCUGAGCGCCGGCGCCUGCGCGGCCUACGCGCGCUGGUGGGGCGCGGCCGGCGCCCGGCUCAUCGCGCUCGUCGCCGUGCCCAAAGCACUGGACCAAGGCUGGGGCGCGGCGGCGGCGUGCCGGCUGCCCGCGCUGGCGCGCCUGCCGGCCGCGCUGGCCGCGCCCGCGCAGGCGCUGCUGCUCGCCGCGCUGCACGCGCACGGGGACGACUGCGACGAUCACGACGACCUACCGUUUUGAUUUCCUUUGUGUUUGUCUGUAAACUGCACUUCAAUAGAAAUUGCAAAUAAUGUAAACGAAUAUGACACAUUUUUGUUCGCAUUUGACAUAUAACCACAUAAUAAAUAAUAGUACUACCGUACAGAAAUGACACUUCCUACAAAACCGAAGUUUGACAGUGAUUCAGGGACGAAUCAUGCCGUUCCUUUCUAAUGUAUGGCAUUAUCCCUUUAGGGUUGUCAAAAUUCAAGUCAUUAUCUUAUCUGUGGUCGUCCACGUAUAGGGACGUCAAGUGGUGCCAACUCUAACAAGUGCUCGGAGGAAUGCUGAGCCGAGAAGGGCCGAAAGAAGGAGUGUAGCGACACUGAUAUAACCUUACGAAGGUUGUUUUCACUGAAAUAUUAAUAAUCAACAUUAUAUUUUAACAAAAAAUAUAUUUAAAUAUAUUCACUAUUGAUAAGGCCAUGGUUGUCCUUGAAAAGUACGAGAUUACGAAGUAAUGAAGUAAAUUGAUUUGUUUACGUUAUUUGCAAUUUCUAUUGAACUUAACAUUAGUAGUGAAGAGUCGACCUAAAGUCGAUUUUGGAUUCGCAUGUUCGGAGUUAUUUACCUAGUUACUUGAAUUUACUUUGAGCCUACCGUUUUAAACUUACACAGUACAUAUUUAGGGUUGUCAUUCAAUGGGGUAAGUAGACGCAAAGAUAAUUUGAAAUCAAAUUAAUUUUUUUUUUUUUGAUUUUUAAAGAAAACUUUGUAGCCACAGUAAAUUUACUGCCAUCUUUCGACACAUGAUUAAAACUUUUAGAACGCUAUUUGACUUCGAUCCUUAUUAUUUCACUGAUAUGUGUUAAAUAUCAAAAACUGGCCUUAUCGGGCAUCGGCUAAAAGUUGUGGCGCCAUCGCUCGAAACGAUGACGCCACCAUACCUUUAGCCUUUGAUUUAUUAGAUGGCGCCACUUUUUGAUAUUUAACAAAUUUAACUCGUAUCAGUAAAGGUAUAAGGAUCAAAUUCAAAUAGCGUUCUAAAACUUUGAUCAUGUGUCGAAAGAUGGCAGUAAAACUGUGGCUACAAAGUUUUCAUUGAUAAUCCACCUAUAUUUCAAAUUAUCUUUGGUAGAUGUUACAAAAUAUAAACAUUAAAGUGUAUUCGGGUAAUUCGGAGAAGUUCGUGAUGUCGGGUAGUUUCUAAAAAUGGAUAUUCCGAAUUAGCCGACAUUUUGAAGUGAGUAGUCGGUAUCACACGAAAAUACCUAUUACGCGUUUGCAUCGAGACCAACUGUAGGUUGUGAAGUUAAUAAUACCAGAGUUUUACUAGAUACCUCAAUAUUGUUUUACGAAUAUUAUAAAUAUGUAUAGUAUGUGAUUUGAAUACAAUUAUUUAGAAUAGAUCUAUUUGAAAGUACCAAGUCAAGUGACUACCCACUGCGGCGUAUAUAAUGGUGCUGCCACACAACAUCAUUGGGUAAGUAGGUUCAUAUUCUGUAAUAUUAUAAUAUGUAGAUCAGAUCAGAUAUUAACACAGGAGAAGUGUCUCAAAUGAACUUUUUUUUAUAUUUAUAAACAGAGCCUUGAGCCUCAGUAGGCGUCAGACUUUCAAAAAACACUGUGUGAUGAUUGAUCACGAAUAUAAUGUCUCUUUCUAGCAAUUUAGGACCAAUUUUUAGCAAUUUUGGGGCCUUAGCCAUAGCCUUUAGUAGACUAGGGUUUUGAGCUCAAUUCCGUAGCUAGUACGAUUUAAAAUCGUUCGGAACUAUGAAUAGGUAGCUUGAACGACUAAAUUAAUGCUCAUUUACCUGAAUUUUAAUGUAGAUAAAUAAUGAUUAAUUAACGUAGGUUCAUACCAUCGCCCACACUGUUAACUGUCCAUCGGUGGACCUUAUUACAAAAGGCAUAAGGUUCACCGAUGAACAGUUAAGAGUGUGGCUGUUUGUAACAAAGAUUUUAAAUCAAAUUUGAAAGUUUUUCGUCAAGUAGCUCAAAAUGACUACCUAAAUUUGGCAUUUCCAUGCGAUAUUCAGUUUUUUGUGAUAAUAUAUUGCGUGGAUAUUGACAUUAUAACAUUUGAUUUUAUUAAAUAAAUCAUUAAUUAAGGAGUUUUUUAAGUGAUUAAUGCAACGAAAAGUUUGUUAAGAAAACGGAAAUAACAAAAUAACAGAAUUAAAUAACUAACAUAAAACUUAGAACCUAAAUCUAACUACUAAAAACUAUCCUCCUGCGGCUUGGUGCAUUUCCUCGCUGUAUCGCAAUAUCAAUCAUUCAUUUAUUUCUUUGAAUGGGGUACAAGAGUAAGAUAUAAUAAAACAAUUGUUGUUCAGCACAUCCUGCCUGAAUAGGCAUAGAAAUAAUGAGUAUUACCCAAAACUGCAUGCAGGUAAUAAUACUAAUUAUUUGUGCGAGGAAGCUUUUAUUAAAUCAUAAUAUAAACUAGCCCUUUGAACGCUACGCCUGUCGUGCGCGGCACGUCAUCAUGAACCUUCUUGCAAUGCACGAAGAUAGAUAUUGGGCUGUAGCCGCACGCGUCAGUUGACGUCUUUGGCAGUCAAAGGGUUAAACAGGUACAUGCAUUUGAUUAUUUAUCUGUUAUUUCUGAACCCGUUUCGGAAGGCACCCUGGAUUAAAAACGAAUCUUCUUAAGAUAUCUAAAACGACCUUCCAGAUAAAUAUCUUGGUUGUGGUAUAUAGGUACUAGGCUCCGCCCGCGAAUUCGUCCGUGUCAUCGUUAAACAUUUCAACCACAUUCUCAUCCCCGUAUAGGUUGAAUUUCAUAAAAGGUUUCUCGAGUUGUUUUCAUAUUAAAAAGAUUUGUUUUUUAUGGUUAAGGCUGUAGUAUUAGAGAUGGGCCGAAUAUGGAGUUUACCGAACCGAAUAAAAAAAAAUUGGCCGAAUUAUUCGGUUCAUCUUUAUCGUUCUAAUAACUAUUUGAAAACGUUUCAAUUACAUUAGAGAUGUAUUUACUUCUUAGGUAUUUAUAUCCCUCAAAACAAAUUGGUCAAAGGGCUAGCUUGCAAGAAUAAUUCUCCACUCUCUAAAUAAUCGAAACAUGCUAUGGAUUCAACAUGUCUCAUCAUAUUAUGUUUUUAUUUAUUUUUUUUUUAUUUACUAGGUGUUUAUUUACAAUAACAAUAUACAUAAUGGAUAUAUACAGAGAAUAAGUUAAACUUAAAUCCAAAAUAGGCCCUUGAGGCAUUGUACCAACCAAGGAUGCUGGCGGCAUUUCCUAGUUGUAUCGCAAUACUGAUACGUUCGUUGUGUUUUAAUUUAAUGAUUGUGGGAAAAUGUAACCUGAUGAAAGAGAGUACUUGAACAGUUCUGGAUGAACACAUGUUUAGUGUUGCAGCAAGACAAAUAUAAUCAAAAUAUUCGCCGAAUAUUCGGCACCUUUAACCGAAUUAUUCGGCCGAAUACGAACAUUGGAAAACUUGCCGAAUACCGAAUAAUUACCGAAUAUUCGGCCCAUCUCUAGUUUAUACAUUUAGAUUAUGUCGAUCUCUGAUAUUUGGUAUGAAAUAAAAUAAAACCAAAUGAUUAUCGAAA